GAGAAUUAUGGUCAUUUUCAAUCCGAGCUAACAUUAUUUCUCAUUUUCAAUCUGUACCGAAAACAUGCUCAAAAAUCCAACAAAACUUCUUACAAACUGCUCUGUUUGAAGGAUGCAGAACAGGACGCAGACGUUCUGCCAAAAUGGCCUGUGUGUCCGUAUCUCCGUCACCGUCGUCAUCUACAAGCCUCGCUCUCUCUUCUCAAUUGCCUCUUCGAGGUUGCUCGCUAAAACCCAGUUCGCUUUCAUGGUCUUCUUCAUUCCCAAGUCUUGGCAUCUCUGUCAAUCCUGUCACUGUCCCCCGCACUCCCUCUCAGUACAAGAACUCUAUCACUAUGGCGGCCUGGACACGGAGAUCUCGAGGUGAGCUAGCAAAAAAACCAAACCGGAAAUCAUGGAAACAAAAAACAGAUAUGUACAUGAGGCCAUUCUUACUAAACGUUUUCUUUUCUAAGCGCUUUAUCCAUGCCAAAGUCAUGCACCGAGGUACCAGCAAAGUGAUUACAGUCGCUACCACGAAUGCCAAGGACCUGCGGUACACAUUACCAUCACUCACCGAUCACAAUGCCUGUAGGGUUAUUGGAAAGUUGAUUGCUGACAGGUCAAAGGAGGCUGAUGUCUUUGCAAUGUCAUAUGAGCCUCAAAAGAAUGAGAGAAUUGAGGGUAAGCUUGGGAUAGUACUUGACACCAUUAAGGAGAAUGGGAUUAUAUUUUAUUAAACCGAGGACUUGGUUUAGAACUUCAGGUUACCAUUUUGUAAGAUGUCAUCUGGUCAUAUUGCCAUGUUUGAAAAUUCUAAUUUUAGCUGUUAUUGAUUAAUUAUGCUUACUGUAAAUGAUAUACAAACGUUUAGAGCAGAAGUCUACAGAAUUGUCAUAUCAUUUUUGUAUCACAAAAAGUUGUAUUAUUUGUGCCAACAACUUAAUUUGCUUAAUGAUAAUAUCUUUCUAGUGAAAGUAAGAGUUUUAAGAAUCGCAGAACAUGCAGUUUAAUGAAUUAAGGGAUACAAG